AGAGCGUGUAGGUUUCACUCGAGUUUACGUAGUCCUGCAUCUCGUCAGGCUUGGUGGAUGCACUUAGAUGUGUGCAAUGAGUGCUGUGUCCGGCCGGCACGCCCCAGUGUGUUGGAUCCAGCGCUGGACUCGGUAGGAGAACGCCAUGAGCCUCGCCCUCGCAGGACUGCGCUCCACUGGCACCUCGUAUGUGGACAUGGCUGCAGGCUCAGAACCUGAAUCAGUAGAGGUCUUCCCUGUGGUUGUGGAGAAAUCCGGCUACCAGAUCUGUAGCUCUAGUUUCCCACACAACUACACCGGCCUGCCCUAUGCGGACCACAACUACGGCGCCCGGCCGCCGCCCACGCCCCCGGCCUCGCCCCCGCCGGCCUCGCUGUUCGCCCCGGCCAAUCAGGACGAGGCGUCGCGCGGCCCCUCCCUCAGCGUGUCGGAGGACAGCAGCUACGGCGCGGACGUCACCCGCUGCAUCUGCGGCUUCGCCCACGACGACGGCUACAUGAUCUGCUGCGACCGCUGCAGUGUGUGGCAGCACAUAGACUGCAUGGGCAUCGACAGGCUGCACAUCCCGGACACGUACCUGUGUGAGCGCUGUCAGCCGCGCGCCCUCGACCGCCAGCGCGCCGUCCUGCUGCAGACCAGGAAGAGGGAGAGCCUAUCGGACGGGGACACCAGUGCCACAGAGAGUGGGGAUGAGAUCCCCCUGGAGCUGUACACGACCCUCCAGCACACACACGGCCCCCCCGGCCACACCCCCUCCUCCGCCCGCACCCCCACCAAGCCCCCCGACAAGAAGCGCAGGAAGAGCGGCGACCGAGAGCCGGCCCCCGGCCCCGCCCGGGCCAAGAAGGCAUUUCGUGAGGGGUCUCGGAAGUCAUCCCGCGUCAAGGGCUCUGCUCUGGAGCUGGACCCCGCGCAGUGCCCCUCUCUGUGGGAGGGUAAGAUGAGGCUGUGGAUGGAGCAGUACGAGGAGGCCCACAGUAACCAGUACAGCGAGGACAUGCAGCUGCUGCUCAGAGUCACAGACAGCAGGGACACCAAGAGCCUCAGCUGCAUCACACACACCCCAGCCUUCAGACCGCCCGCACAGACUCAGGUGCAGAAGAAUAAGAGGAUCCUGAGGGCGGUGUGUGACCUGGGCCCAAACGCUCUCAUCAUGGAGUACCGGGGGAAGUUCAUGCUGCGCCAGCAAUUCGAAGCCAACGGCUGUUUCUUCAAGAAGCCCUACCCGUUCGUGCUGUUCUACUCCCAGCUGCACGGGCUGGAGGUGUGUGUGGACGCCCGGAGCUUUGGGAACGAGGCGCGUUUCAUCCGGCGCUCCUGCACCCCCAACGCUGAGGUGCGUCAUGUGAUCGAGGACGGCACACUGCGCUUGUACAUCUACUCUGUGAGGCCCAUCGCCAAGGGCAACGAGAUCACCAUCGGCUUCGACUACGAGUACGGCAACUGUAAGUACAAGGUGGACUGCGCCUGUUUGAGGGGGAACCCUCAGUGCCCGGUUCUAAGGCAGAACGUGGAACCCACGGAGAACCUGGGGAACGAGGCGCGCCGUCAGUCCCGGGAGAGCGAGGGAACGCAGAACCAGAACGUCACCCUGGACUGCGACAUCGCCAUCGCCAACGGCAACGCUAAGACCCCCCCCGACACCAAGCUCCGGAGACUGUCCCCCCUCCGCCUGUCCAUCUCCAACAACCAGGAGCCCGGGCUGAUGGAGGACCUGGAGGACGGAGGUCUUGGCGCUGAUGCGGGGAUGGAGUCUGAGGAGCAGCUCGCCGAGAGGAGGAGGAAGAUGACGCGGGAGGAGAGGAAGAUGGAGGCCAUCCUGCAGGCGUUCGCCCGCAUGGAGAAGAGGGAGAAGAGGAGGGAGCAGGCCCUGGAGCGCAGCGGCACCAAGACCGACAUCAAGGAGGAGCCCCUCUCCACCCCCGAGACAGAGAGUCCUGCAGCACUGCGGGUGGAGGUGGUGAAGGAGGAGCUGAGGCCGGUGCCGGUCUCCAUGGCGGCGCGGCUGAGCCGCUCCAAGCGUAAGAGUCUCUCGCGGAGCCGGGCGCACGGGGCCCAGCAGCGCCGGCGAACACGCAGCCUCAGCGUGACCCUCAGCGAGCCGCCGCCGCCGCCCCUCUCCCCCCCCGACCCCGUCCCCUACGCCCCGGCCACGCCCGAGCCCCCGCCCCCGCUCCCCCCGCACGACACCCCGCCCCACUGCGGCUCCCCGGGGCCCCCCUGCCGCGCCGCACUCAAACACCCCAAAACUAAGAAGCACUUGGUGAGCGAGUGGAUGGGCGAGAGGCUGGAGGCGGGCCCCGGGGCCCCUGAGCCGGCCCCGGAGCGGCCCCUGCGCAUCAGCAGCGACCCCGAGGUGCUGGCCACGCAGCUGAACGCCCUGCCGGGCUCCGCCGGGACCUCGCCCGUCUACAGCACGCCCAAACACUACGUGCGCUUCUCCUCGCCCUUCCUGUGCUCCCGCGGCCCGGCCACGCCCACGCCCGCCGCCGGGCCAAUCAGCCGCCGCCGCUCCCGCGAGCUGCCCGAGACCCCGCCCACCACCGGCUCCUGCAAGAAGCGCUGGCUCAGACAGGCUCUAGAGGAGGAGAGCUGUCCCAGGCCCCCGGCCCUCGCCCUGCCCAGCGAGGGGCCCCUCAGCCCCUGUCUGAACGGGGACCCACACAGCCCCCUGCCCAACCACGCCAGCUGCUCUUCACCAGACCUGCCUGCCCCUCUGAAGAAGCGGAGGUUGUGUCCUCUGGACUCUGAGGGCUCCACCCCCUACGGCUCGCCCUGUGCCACGCCCUGUGCCACGCCCUGUGCCACGCCCUGUGCCACGCCCACGCGCAGCGACGCCCCGGACACGCCCCUCCCCCUCACCGCCCCGCCCGGCCCCCGCACUGACCCCGCCCCCUCUGCCCCCGAACACACCCCCCAGGAUCCUCCCCACGCCGUGCUACAGGAGAGGGAGUCCUCUUCAGAAGUCUCCCCGGAGGAGAGUUACAGAUCAGAUUUAGAGGCUGAUCGCCCUCCCGCUCUGCUCUCUCAGCCCCAGGAGAUGAGGCCAGUGAGCGCGCUCAGUCCCCACCCCCCACAGCCCCCCCCACAGCCCCCCCCACCCGAACCCCUGUGCGACGCGGAGGAGGAGGGGCCAGAGACCGAGGCCGACGCCCCCCUCACGGCCCCGCCCCCUCCCCGCGCCCAGAGCCCGGACACGGGGGCCCAGCCUGGCCCUUGCGUCAGCCCCGCCCUGCGGGACCUCCCCCCCGCCCUGCGGGACCUGCCCCCCGCCCUGCGGGACCUCCCCCCAGCCCCCGCCCUGCGGGACCUCCCCCCCGCCCCCGCCCUGGAGCAGGGCUCCCCCUCAGAGGACGGGCUCCCCCCGGGGGGGGAGGGGGGCAGCGGGGGCGCACACACCCCCACUCAGAAGAAGAAGGUGUCCCUGCUGGAGUACAGGAAGCGUCAGAGAGAGGCCCGGGGGAGCGACUGCAGCUCCCCCGUCACAGCGCCUCCUCUGGCCAGGCUGGGCAGUGCGGCGGAGGACGGCCCUGCUGCCAUGGAGACGACCCCGGAGCCCGAGGGCACCCCGGGGGAGACGGAGGGGGGAGAGGAGGCGAGAUCGACAGCUUCCUGAUCCCCACAAGCACACGGCCCUGUUCUCCUGUGCCCGGCCCCGUGUUGGAAGAGGACAGCGCCCCCUGUGUGUCACCCUGUGUCCAGCAGGCCAGUGUGGCCCCACCGGCCCCCAGUAAAACACAGUGUGGCCCCCGCUGCGUCCCCCCCGGGCCCCCAGCCCCUCCCUGCCCUCUCGCCCCUGUCCCAGACCCCCCCCACCCCGCUGUGGCCUGUCCCAGGGUACCAGCCUGUGUGGGGGUGUCUCCUGUUACCCCCUCCCCCUCCCCCUCGGGGCCCAGAGAAGCCCAGCACCGUCCACUUCUUGUCUCUGAAGCAGGCCCUGCCCCCGUGGCGGCACCCCCGCCCCCCUUUCCGACAGACCCCGCCCACCCAGCCCCCUCCGCUGCCCACAGGCUCUCGGUGAGCCCCGGGCCCCGCCCCCUGCCACACCACUGGCUGCCUGGGUGGCUCUGGCUCCGCCCACAGGAAGUAGCACUCGCCGUGCGCACCGGGGGCAGAAACCGGACUCCGAAAACGGCCGGACUUUUUAAAAGACUAAAGAGGAGGAGAGAGACACAGUCUUGUAAAGAGACUUUCUGUGAAAACACGGAUGUUAUACGGUGCUUUUCGCCCAACUCUCUGGCACUGUCGGAACUGAAGACUAUUUUCACUGUUUCUUUUCUUAGUUUCCCCACCUGUGGCUGAAAGCUCUGUUUGUUUGUUUACCUGUCUGUUCGAGUCCUCGUUCCUCCGGAUGGCUGUACAUUCCAUCGUCUUUUUCUUUCCUCUGAUGUUUUUUUAAAUGCAUUUAUUUGUUUAUUUAGUGGUUCAUUUUAGCAAAAGGCGGGGGGAGGGGGGAAGGGAAGUAUUUUGUACAAAGAAAUUACAGAAUUAUUAUUUUUGUUAUUCCGAUCUGUAACUAUAUCUGCAUCGCUGCAGAGAUUUGGAGAAAAAAAUAAUAUCCUGGGAGUUUGCAUCAGGGCCUCCUGUUCUGUUGGUGUGUGAGUGUGUGAGUGUGUGAGUGUGUGAGUGUGUGAGUGUGUGAGUGUGUGAGUGUGUGAGUGUGUGAGUGUGUGAGUGUGUGAGUGUGUGAGUGUGUGGAAGAGAAUGGACAGGAGAGUGAGUUGAUAUCUGCUUGCCUUUCGGGGAAGCCUGACUCAGCGGGUUUAUUUUUGGACUGGAGGGUUAUUUGUAGAAAGUGUAAAUGGAUGUAAAGUGAGUUCCUGGCUGUAAAUAGUGAGUUCCUGCCUUUUCUAUGCCUGUACAUGGCCCCCAGCCCGUUUUAUAAAUAUGAGAAUUCUACGCAGAGCUCCGUGUUUCUGUGACGGGAGCACCACUCUAUUCUCUC